AUGAGUGGUUCUGCAAAUUCGGAUAGGGAGACAGAAGACUACUCAGCAACGGAGGAGGAAGAGGAUGAUUUUCUGGCGUAUAUUCCUGAGGAUCAACGUGAUAAGAUUAAGCAGUCGUUAGCAAACAUACAGAGUCAAUUUCGAACCUUCAACGUGAAUCAAAAGCAUCAGAAAGUUGCGGACGUACUGAGUCAUGUUCCAGACAUAAGCGAAGAUGCCGCGCAACUCGCCAUUGAUUCUUGUCGAAACAACGAAUUGCUCGCCAUCAAACGUCUUCUCGAAGACGCUGACUUCAAAACCACCGUUGUGGCCAUGAGUUCUGGCGAGAUGCCUAUCGACCUCCCUUCCAUCAUGUACAAAGACAAGCGACAUGAGCUCCUCGAGGCCUUGGAAUGGGACCCCGAAGAGCGCGAAGACAAGGACGACAAAGAGAAUUGGGAGCUUUCCUCCUCUUCGCAACUCCUCUACGAUCUCGAUCUGCCCUCGCCUUCCUCGCGCAGACGAUCCCCCACUGCCAACGGUGGAAACGGUGGAAACAGUGGAAACAGUGGAAACUCGAGUAGUGCGGGGAGCGAAGGCAAAGAUCGCAAAGUCCCGCGACUCAGUCUCGAUGACGCUCUUAUCAUGCUCGCCAAUCUUCGCACACGUUCCCCCGUCGAAACGCCCCCUUCCCCCGAUUCGUCCAGUUCCCCGGUUUCCCCCGUGCGUCCAAAACGCCGUCGCGCGGAGGCGGCAAGCGAAGACGACGAAUACAGCGACUCCGAACCGCGGAAAAAACGCUCCUCGAUCCAAAGUCGCGGUUUUUUUCUGUUUUUGACGGCUAGAAGAAGCUUCGUUUUUCCGCGCUCUCUCGGGUCCCGCGGGGAAAACGAUCCCAGUGGAGGCGUUACGUCGCUUGGGGUGGAGCGAGGCGCGGAUCAAGGCGUUUCGGAACCGCGAAACGAAUCCAAAUCAGUACUAUUAUCGCUUCAACGACCCGGGAGAACCGCAAGCGACGGGGAAGUGGAGCCAGAAGGACAAGGCGCUGUUUCUGCAGCUGAUCAAAGAGAAGGGCGUGGACUACCAAGUAGGGGGUAUUUUUGGAAUUCCAGAAAAGUGGGGUAUUUUUUCGAGACAGAUCCCCGGACGCGUGGGGUACCAGUGCAGCAACUUUUAUCGGCAGUUGAUCAAGGAGGGUGA